AUGAGGUGCAAGAAGCACCUUUGCGACCUCACCAGCGCCGUCGGUGUCUGCUCCUCUUGCCUCCGGGAACGCCUCACCGCCCUCAUCGAGGCCCAAACCAAGGCCCAGGCCCAGGCCCAGCUUUCUCGGCUCCACUCCCGGACCUCCGCGCCGCCCGAUGAACCGAAGCGAAAGUCAGACCCGAAUCCUCCGCCUCUCAUCUUCCCUCGCUCCGUCUCCCCCUACGUUUCUCGAAGAAAAUCGGACGACUCCACAUGGCACCACAACCACCGUCUAGAUCAUCAAAACCAGCAACAACAGCACCGUAUUCGAUUCUACAGUACGCCCCAGGUGGGCCCCACCUACAACAGCGCCACCAGCACCACCAUUGAAGGGUCGUGCAGGAAGACCAAGACCAAGUUCUCGCUCUUAUCGAGCCUUUUCCGGUCCAGAUCCGAUAAGUUUUGGUCGGAUCCUAGUUCUUCGACGCUUCAGCCCACGUCAUCCUCCUCGGCUUCGUCGCCGUCGUGGUUCUCGGCGAUCUUCUCCGGAAAACGACGGAAUCGAUCGAAGCAGCUCUACGCCGACGAGUCCAACAACACAGGCGGGCAGAGACCUCGCGGGUUGUCGCCUGAUAUAACGCCCGAUCCCUUCGAGGACUGCGAGCGAUCGCGGUCAGGCAGCGGGGACUCGUCGGGGGCGACCCCGGAGUGGAAGAGGACGCCGCCGCUGGCUCCAUCGUCGACUCGGAGGACACGUGUUGGCCAGGGGAAGAACAACGUCUCGGGUCUGGCGUUUUGCCUGAGCCCGCUAGUUCGGGCCAGCCCUAACCGGAACUGGGGCCAGAAGGGGUUGCCGCCGGAGUUCGCCGGCGAGAUUCGGGUUGCGGCGGCAUUUUGCAAGAACCGAUCGAGGAAGCUGGUGGAUUUCGGUAGAGCCAAUCCUAACCGUUGA